GUUUCUGAUUAUCUUUCUCUCUCCUUCGUGUUAAGGAGCUCAGAAUCGUAGACGGGGUAAAACCCUAGUUGCCCGCUUACCCUACUUGUUGCAAUGGCUUCGAAGAGGAUUCAGAAGGAGUUGAAGGACCUUCAAAAAGAUCCCCCUACUUCAUGCAGUGCUGGACCCGUUGGUGAGGAUAUGUUCCACUGGCAGGCUACAAUAAUGGGCCCAGCAGACAGCCCGUUUUCUGGAGGAGUUUUUCUUGUAACUAUUCAUUUCCCUCCAGAUUACCCAUUCAAGCCACCGAAGGUGUCCUUCAAAACAAAAGUGUUCCAUCCAAACAUCAACAGCAAUGGUAGCAUUUGCCUUGACAUCCUAAAAGAACAGUGGAGUCCAGCUCUUACAAUAUCCAAGGUUUUGCUUUCGAUCUGUUCACUGCUGACUGAUCCAAACCCAGAUGAUCCUUUGGUGCCCGAGAUUGCCAAUAUGUAUAAGGUUGACAGAGGCAAGUAUGAGAUGACAGCUAGGGCCUGGACUCAAAAGUAUGCAAUGGGUUGAGAGAUUAAUCUCUUUGCAUGAUCAUCUUUGCAUCCUUUGGGUCUCAAAAAUACAUUUCUUCUUUUUUCUAUCUUCAUGCUACUACUAGCUCACUACUACUACUAGCAAAUAAACUAGCAGUUAGAUGGGUACAAUAUUCACCUCUCAAGGUGGUUACUUUCUAAAGUUUCUCUCCUUUUAUGAUCUUAAUUAUUAUGUCUGACUUGACUAAUUUCUGAAGAAUUACAUUAUAUAAAUACAUGUCCCUGGAUGAUGAAACAA